UGAUUGGUGAUUGCUAGGGGACAAACAGUCUCAGAGGAAGCUCUACCGUUACACCUUAAAUUUAGGGCAAAUGCUGCCCUUUUCUUGCUGCGUUGACCACAGUGUCAAUUCGUUGUGGACGCAGUUGAACCGAUCUGUUUUUUUCGUCUCUUUAUAUAGUUAAACCAGCGGCGAAAACGCAAGUUUGUCCAUUACGCUAUAUGAUGUAGCAUCCAGCCGUGUGGUUAUCAGGUGUGACAGACGAAGCCGAGGCUCUGGAAGAUUACUGGGUACGACUUCUGUGGCUUAUCCCUGAGAUCAAACUGGCUGAAAUGGAUGAACAAAGCGUUGAGAGUAUUGCAGAGGUAUUUCGCUGCUUUAUUUGUAUGGAGAAACUGAGGGAUGCUCGUCUUUGCCCACACUGCUCAAAACUGUGCUGCUUCAGCUGCAUACGACGAUGGUUGACAGAGCAGAGAGCUCAGUGUCCACAUUGUCGGGCUCCUCUCCAACUAAGGGAGCUGGUCAACUGUCGCUGGGCAGAGGAGGUCACUCAGCAGCUGGACACACUACAGCUCUGCAGCCUCACCAAGCAUGAGGACAAUGACAAAGACAAAUGUGAGAACCACCAUGAAAAGCUGAGUGUUUUCUGUUGGACUUGUAAGAAAUGCAUCUGUCACCAGUGUGCCUUGUGGGGAGGCAUGCAUGGAGGCCACACUUUCAAGCCUCUAGUGGAGAUCUACGAGCAGCAUGUGACCAAGGUGAAGGAGGAGGUUGCCAAGCUCCGUCGCCGCCUUAUGGAGCUUAUCAGCCUGGUGCAGGAAGUGGAGAGGAACGUAGAAGCUGUCAGAGGAGCAAAAGACGAGAGGGUGAGAGAGAUCAGAAACGCGGUGGAAAUGAUGAUUGCUCGGCUGGACAACCAGCUCAAGAACAAGCUCAUCACACUCAUGGGCCAGAAGACGUCCUUGACGCAGGAGACAGAGCUGCUGGAGUCUCUUCUGCAGGAAGUGGAGCAUCAGCUUCACUCCUGCAGUAAGAGUGAGCUCAUCUCAAAGAGCCCAGAGAUCCUGCUCAUGUUCCAGCAGGUCCAUCGUAAACCCAUGCAGUCCUUUGUCACUACACCUGUCCCUCCAGACUUCACCAGGUACACUUGUCAGCUUGAGCUGGUUCCUGCGUAUGACUCCAGCACUUUUGUUCUUGUUAACUUCAGCACACUGAGACAGAGGGCUGAUCCAGUGUACAGCCCUCCUCUGCAGAUAUCUGGGCUCUGCUGGAGGCUCAAAGUCUACCCUGAUGGUAAUGGUGUGGUCCGUGGAAACUAUUUGUCUGUGUUUUUGGAACUGUCUGCUGGGCUUCCUGAAACAUCAAAGUAUGAGUAUCGUGUAGAAAUGGUCCAUCAGGCCUCAAGUGACCCGACGAAGAACAUUAUUCGGGAGUUUGCCUCAGACUUUGAGGUUGGUGAAUGCUGGGGUUACAACCGCUUCUUUAGACUGGACCUUCUGGCCAGCGAGGGCUAUCUGAACAUGCAGACAGACACGCUGGUCCUUCGCUACCAGGUUCGGUCACCCACGUUCUUCCAGAAGUGCAGAGAUCAGUACUGGUACAUCAGCCAGCUGGAAUCAGCCCAAAGUGGCUACAUACAGCAGAUCAACAACCUCAAAGAGAGACUGGCUAUUGAGCUGUUUAGGCGUCAGACCUCACGUAGCUCUUCACCCCCGGACCUGAGGCUUUCUACAGCAACCACAUCCUCAGAAAGAGAGCCUCGCUCUGUAAAGAGUGAUGAUGACAUCCAGACGUCUUUGAACAGCAUUAAAAAAGGCGAAGAAGAAGAAAGGACACAACAUGAUGACUCUAAUGAGUUAUCAGACGGAGACCUGGAGGUGGAUUGUCUGACGGAGGAGGAGGUGAACCCACUGGAUGGCAGCAGCACUUCAGGGAGCUCAACAGCCACUAGCAACACUGAAGAGAACGAUAUUGAUGAGGAGACAAUGUCAGGAGAGAAUGAUGUGGAUUUCAUUGGAAACCUGGAAACGGAUGAAGGAGAGCUUCCUGAUGACUUGCCUGGAGCCAUAGGUGGUCCUAGUUCCAGUGCACGUUCCAUACAUCGCAGUGCUGGUGCAGCCCGUGCUACAAAUAGUAGCGGAGCUGCUGGUGGUGCUGUUGGGCCAGGCAGUAACAGCCUCCUGGAGAUUGACCCUGUUAUUUUAAUCCAGCUGUUGGAUCUGAAGGAGCGGAGCAGCGUGGAGUCUCUGUGGGGCCUCCAGCCUCGGCCACCUGUAUCUAUUCUGCAUAGCCAAGCACAUUCCCACUCCAGGAAAGAACGAGAGCGGCGGCCUCAGGUAGUUCGACGGUCAGCUCCAGACUCAGGUGUCCUGAUCCGCCUCAAGGCUCAGAUGGCUGAGGUCCGCAGCAAAAUGUCUGACGUAAAGAGUCAGGUGCUGGAGGCCCGGGGAUCUGCGGAGCCCCGACCAGGCCCGUCAGGGACCUUCAGUGUGGAGGAGAUACCCUCUCACCAUGCUGAUUCGGAUUCUUGUCGUAAGCCCAGUGAGCUGGACCUGCUGGGCAGAGCAGCUGCAUCUCGCUCUAGAUCCUGCCGCCCUGCGCGGAAGUCUCUGUCCCCUGUCAUGGACAUGGUUGUCAAGAGGAGGAGUCCAGAAGAGAUGGAGAAAGAUCUAAGAGGAGCAGAUGCAGCCACAGAGCUCAGUUUGCAUCCUAAAGAUGGACUAGGAGGUGCAGAGGGAGGGCUGAAGGAAGGCUUACAGGGUCCCCUCCUCUCUCUUGUUAACUCAUCACUGGAGCAGGCCUCAGCCUCCAAGCAGUAUGGUGCCUCGGGGCCCAGGGAUGAUGUCUUCUCCUUGGGAGGAUCAAGCUACAUGUCUGCUAGCAAGAACUGUGGCAGUAGGACCCUAGGGGCAGCCAUGCUGGACUGUGAAUCUGAAGGCCCAGGGAACUCCCAUCAGGCCUUGUUGGAUGGAGCCUCUGCACAGUCAAUAGAGGUAGAUCCGCCGUCAUCUGUCCUGGUGGCAGCAACGAGCAGUGACAGUGACACAGAGGAUGAGGCUCUGCAGAGCAACAACUCUCGCUACGACAAUCAAACCCCUCCGUGCACAGGAGAGCAGCUCCUGUCCGACGACAGCGUGCCCACUGACAGGUGAAUCUGUUUGCUCCUGUCAGACCAGGAAAGCCCUGUUUUCCCCUCAGUGGCUAUACAGUGAUGCAAUAACAGCCAGACACAUGCUAGUUACACAGAUCUGUAGAAUAGAAACUGCUUGUUAUGCAUGAACUCAAGUAGAAGACAAUGCAGCGGCUUACCUGAUCUCCAGGAACACUUGUAUUUGUGUUAAGAUUGUUUAGGAGUUCAGGCAACCAGAUGAUUAACAUACGUCCUCUGUAGAAGAAUCACUUCUGCAGUUUGUUACGUUUUGUCUACUAAUUACCUGAACAGUUAGAUGUUUUUACCCUGACUGCUGCCUUUUACUGGUCAGAUGGCAACUAUUUCUACUUUCACUUCAUUCAUAGUUUAGCAUGGAGGAAAACAUAAAUAACACAUAAAAUACAAACUACUACAUUUUACAUUUUACUUCUUACUUUAUCCAGUCAGUGAGGAAUUCACUUAGACUUAAUCUGUUACCAUUCAGUGUAUAAAUGCUUUUGUAAAUAUAUAUAAAAACAAGUUUACAACAUGCUUACAAGCAGUUUGAGAUAAACUACAGGAACUGUAGCCUGUUAAUUAGGACUGUAUUGUUUUAUAACUGUGUCUCAUCUUCCAUUAGUAAUGACAGUGCCCCUUCCAGUGGUGGUGCCUGAAUAACUAAAAAGUAUUCAUUCCUCUCAGAAUUUAUCCAGCUGACAAACAGCAUAAUGUUACAAACUAAAAGCUGUGUUUCUAUUCCUGAAUCUGAGCUAUGUCUCUAUAGGUGAAGCUGUCUCUGUUUGCACUCACAGCAUUAACUGCACUAUCUUUGUUAAUAUUUGAGGCUAAACACAAUCCCAGAACUUGUAGAAUCGUUUUCUGUGGGCUUAAACUUUGAAGCACACUGCAGAUCUGUGCAUGUCCUCAACAUCUACUUAGACACCACUGACAAAAUGCUCAAAAGCAUCCACCCACACAGAACUUCUGCACUACACAACUGAGAAUCCAGCCAUUAUUACUCAUUCUAAGGGCUGAUUUAACCACCGCUGUCAUAUCUGCACUUUAAAUUUACAAAAACUGCAGCUUGUAUUCGGUUAAGAAAUAAUUUUGACAUGUCCUAAUUUAAAACAUCUGCUUUCUCAGUCCUUGCAUUGUUUACAUGAAGGUAGAUUUUCUAAUAGUGCUGCUCUCCACAGUUAAGAAUUUUGGCCCUAGGUGGCAGCUGUCGAAUGCAAACUUACAUAAAUGGCCUUUUCACAGCAUUUCACUGUAGGAAAGGCCUUCCUAAUGCUGUUAACAGUUGCUCUGGUACGUAUGGGCCGGUGUGACCAAAAUAGACAACAUGCAGCUAAUAAAUGUUAUAAGAAACACCACUGUUUCCCCACUGGGAGCUUUAGUGUGACUAAGACACUCUACGUUGUGUCUAGUGCUUUAAAAAGGCACUGCAAAGUUUCUGUAACUGAAAUUGAGGAAAACCAUUUUCGCUCUGCUGUAGUCGUGUCUGUCCACACAGUCGUGCAUGGAGUCCUGUUUGUGAUAAGCUGUGCUUCCUGACCAGCUGUGCAAAUCCAAAGGCUUUCUACUCUACUAAGUUUAGAAAGUACUACAAUAUUUUUGUUUUUUAUCAAUAUCAAAAUCAUCAAACCCUUUUUUUGGUCUGGUUUGUGGAGUUUGUAAAUGUAAUAUCGUUUAAAAAAGACAUUUGGCUUUUAAAAAAAACUUAGUUGUUCUGUGGAUUUCCAAAAUGCAUUUUUUAGUUUUUUCCUUAAACAUCACUUUUCAAAUGUUUUAAAUAACUAUGACUGCAUAAACUCUUGAAACCCAGUCAAGAACAAACUAUGCAUGCUAAGCUACCAUUCGAGCAGGAAGUCCUUGUUUUUGCUGCUUGUGUGAGGCAGAACCUGACAGCAUAUCUUAGAAAAUGCUUGCACCAAAUCAAACAGCAACGGCUGCUGCAAUGUUAGAAAUUACUGGGAGGGAUCAAGUGGGAAACCUCACACUGACAUGUUUUCUAGCUGAUGUGAACAUAGACACUUUCUGCACAUUGCAGGACUGAUUCACUUGUAAGUGGACCAUUUGUUCAUCAUUCAUCUUAUUUUGAGCACUAUUUUAGAUUAGAGCCCUUGAUUUCACAUUCUACUUGUCAUUAGUUUACUUUGUAAAUAUCCUGACGCAACAUCAGAGCUCGCUGUACAUAUGCAGUGCAUGGCUUUAGUGGAUGAGUUAGGAUGAAUGACACUAUGAACAAGGUCACACAAAGUUAAACUUUAUCCACCCACCAAAGUGAACCUGUUUGUCCUUUUGUUGAUUCAUUUAUGUGUUGUCUAUCAGGCUGUCACUGUUGAACUUUUCCCUCUGAGUGCUUGUGUGAAAAGCUGCUUUUAUUUUUAAUGUUCCAACAAUGCACUGUUAUGUGACAUCUUCCUUUUCCCUAAUAAUAAAAUGUUUAUAAAACUGGAAA